GGGCACAAUGAGAAGAAGUUACAGCUUCUCUCAGACAUCACCGGAGCUUUCAGGCCCGGAGUUCUAACGGCGUUGAUGGGAAUCAGCGGAGCCGGUAAAACCACAUUACUCGACGUUCUCGCCGGAAGAAAAACAAGCGGAUACAUCGAAGGAGAGAUCAGAAUCAGCGGUUACCUUAAAGUACAAGAAACGUUCGCACGAGUCUCAGGCUACUGCGAGCAAACAGAUAUACACUCACCAAACAUCACAGUCGAAGAAUCCCUAAUUUACUCAGCUUGGCUCCGUCUAGUUCCUGAAAUCGAUCCCAAAACCAAAAUCAGAUUUGUGAAGCAAGUUCUGGAGACGAUCGAGCUUGAAGAGAUCAAAGAUGC